AUGUUCUACAGAUCACAACUUGCAAACAUUCCUACCAGGAAUAUAGUGCAAAGGACCCAUUUAAGACACUUGUCUGUGAACACCGCUUCAAAGCCGGUAAUUUAUUCGCAAUGCUCAAUUUUAAAAUCCAAUCCGUUAUUGGUUCCACAACUUACGUUUACGUCACAACUUAAGGCCAAUUUACUUAGAUCAUUCAGCACAUCUGCAAAGCUCUUAGACUACUAUCGUCCACCUAAAAACAAUGUGUACAGUGGACUCACAGGCCGUAUUUGGUCAAGGAUUCCUGAUAGCGUCAAAUUGAUUAGUUUAGUUAGUAUCUCAGCAUAUUUGGUCAUCUUCGUUGCAGUCCCUAUUCUGGUGAUGGUGGUUCCUCCAUUGGUGGUUGGGGGGUGGCUCUUUUACAGGCUCAAUAAAUAUUUCAAGACAAAGUCUGUCAAUAAAGCUUUCCAAAGUAUCGCCGAUUCUACACUCAUAUAUUACCCAAAGAAGAUUCGCAACCCAUUAUUAUUGCCGGACCCGGAUCAGGUCAAUUCUGAAUUGGCAAACUUUGAAAUGAAUAGAAUCAUUGAUGCAUUUUGGAACAAUGAGCAGGGAAUUGCAGACUACUUCAAAAUUCCGAAUAUUGAUGAUUUGGCGUUGGGAACUUUAGAAGCAGUUGAAAUCAAUUAUAAUUCAACUAGCGUUGUCUUUGCAGAUGACUAUAAAAUGAUGGUUACCCAAAGAAGACCUCUCUACAAUAAAAGUACCAAUGAAGAUAUAGCCGACGUUGUGAUCCGCCUGAAAUGUUUGGAAAAUCCAAUUGCUGAAGGCCUGGAUCCGAUUGCAAAUAUAACUAAAAGUUUAGUUCAGAUUGAAAUUACACCAAACAACCUGUUUGCACCUCAAUUCAUACUAAAAACUCCAUCGGUGAGUACAAUGCCACAUGAUAAAGACAGCGAUGGAUUUGGUGAUUUCGAUGAUGAUGCAGACGGGUUCAUAAAUGUCAAGGGUAAAACAAAAGUAUUAUGA